UGAAUACGGGCAGGCAGGCAGGCAAGGCAGGCAGGCAGGAAGGUGGGCGGGCUCGCGGGCUGGCAUACGGUACAGGCGACUGGGAUAUUACCUAGGUAUGUCUGUCAGUCAGCUAGGCGUAGGUCGGUAGGUAGGCGUGGAAGUAGGUAUUCUUUCGGCACGCUCGCCUGCUUGGCCCUCUCCGGCCCUCCCACCAGCCAGCCUAUCGAGCGUUGUUCUCGUCGAUGCUAUUAUUGCAUCGUCCCGGACCCCUCUCUCUAUCCUUCUCACUUACGUGGGUAAAUGGUUGGGCUGGGCCGCGCCGCGCGGUUCGACCCCCAUCAAUUAUGUCAUACCGUCACUUCACCUCCUCCUCCCGCCGACCUCCCCCCUCGCCUCCCUGCCCCUAUUCACACUGUAUGUGUCCUAUAGGUGUCUCUGCGAAAUUGGGGAGGAAGGGAUGGGCGACGGAGCUGGAGAGGGGGAGAGGAGCUUCAAGCUUGCUCUGCUUUCCUCGCUAUCCGAGACCGCAGCAGCCGGCAACGUCUACCCGCUUUUGGCCGGGGUGCUCUCCUUUGGGUGGGAGGAGUCGGUGUGGAGAGGGAGAGAGAGUGAAGUGAGCGAGUAAGGUUAGAUAGGUGAGAGGGGAGAGGGAGAGGGAGAGGCAGAGAGAGCGGAAGAGAGAGCGAGAAAGAGGGGAGAUUCGCCCCAGACCCAGACACCCACUUCCUCCCCCUCCUCGUCUCCUCUUCCUCCCCGGUCCCGUGCCCCAUUCCACGGAGCCCAAUUUAAACGUGAUCGAUACUUUGAGAUAGGUACCUACCUGCUACGAUGUCCUCCCCAGGUUCGACGAUAUUAGAUACAUGACAUAGGUAAUAGAAAUAAAUAAAAACAAAAGGGU